AUGACCACUUUACUACUAGCAUUUGUGUGUUUGCGUGUCAUCGCUGCAGCCACCUCUGUGGAAGUUUUAGACCACAGCGCCACGCUCAGUGUGAGCAUACCUUUACGUUCUCCCCUGCGUGUUCCCUUGGGAAGAACGUUGACCAUUCCCUGCUACUUUAUCGACACUUUGGGGCCAGUCACCACAGCUCCCAACACCCCACCAGUGUCCCCAAGAAUCAAAUGGAGCAAAGUAUCAGAAGACAAAGAAGUUGUCCUUCUAGUGGCCAUGGAUGGGCAGGUAAGGAUCAACACUGCCUACCAGGAGUUUAUCUCUCUACCCAAUUAUCCUUCCAUACCAACUGAUGCUACUUUGGAAAUCAAGACACUCCGGUCCAACGAUACUGGGAUCUACCGCUGUGAAGUAAUUCAUGGUAUCGAGGACAGCCAGGACAUGGUGGAGGUGAAAGUUAAAGGGAUCGUGUUCCAUUACAGAGCCAUCUCUACCCGCUACACUUUAAACUUUGAGAAGGCAAAGCAGGCAUGCAUCCAGAACAGUGCAGUCAUUGCAACUCCUGAGCAGCUCCAAGCUGCCUAUGAUGAUGGCUUUGACCAGUGUGAUGCUGGUUGGUUGUCUGAUCAAACAGUCAGGUACCCAAUGCACCAUCCUCGAGAAGGUUGUUAUGGUGACAAGGAUGGAUUUCCUGGAGUGAGAACAUAUGGUAUUCGAGAUACAGAUGAGACAUACGAUGUCUAUUGUUACGCAGAGGAAAUGGAAGGCAAAGUCUUCUAUGCCACCUCCGCUGAGAAGUUCACCUUCUCAGAAGCAGCAGAGAAAUGCCAUAGUCUUGGUGGACGUUUGGCCACAACAGGAGAAUUGUAUCUGGCCUGGAAGGAUGGGAUGGAUGUCUGCAGUGCUGGCUGGCUGGCAGACCGCAGUGUCCGUUAUCCCAUCAACAAACCAAGUCCCAUCUGCGGUGGCAACCUGGUGGGAGUACGCACGGUGUAUCUUUAUGUCAACCAGACAGGGUAUCCAUACCCUCAUUCCCGCUAUGAUGCCAUUUGCUACACCGGUGCUGACUUUCAUGUCAUCCAUGAGAAUGUCACAGAUGACUCUGUCGACGAGCUGGGCAGUGGCUUCACCAUCCAGACGUUCACGGAGUCAGAUUUUGAGCUGGAGCUUCCACGCAACGCAACCGAAGAAGAAGCACGAGGAAGCAUUGCAACCUUGGAACCUAUAGACCUGACCACCACCACCUUGGAGGUGGAUGAAGGCAUUACAGAAGCUCCAGGUCUCUUUCCAACAGGUUUCACCGAUGAGACAGAGAACAGGACUGAGAUUGGGAUCUGGGAGGAGCUAGAAAAUUAUACUGCCUCAACCCUGGAUGCACUCUUCCCCACGGCUAUCCCAGAAACAAUGUCAGAGGAAUAUAGUUCAUGGUCCACUGCCACAACAGAAUCCGAAUCAGCCUCACCGUUUACAGUAGAAGAGCAGAUUGUGCCAGGGACAGCUGCUUCUGCUGUGGAUCAAGUCCCUCAGAAACCCACUUCUCCCACAGGUGUCGUUUUUCAUUACCGGCCAUCCGCCAACAGAUAUUCCCUGACUUUUGUUGAAGCUCAGCAAGCUUGCCUAGAUAAUCAUGCUGCUAUUGCUACUCCAGAGCAACUACAGGCUGCCUAUGAAGAAGGGUAUGAGCAGUGUGAUGCUGGCUGGCUAAGUGACCAGACAGUCAGGUAUCCCAUUGUUGUUCCACGCAGUAAAUGUGCAGGAGACAAGGAGAACUUCCCUGGAGUGCGAUCCUAUGGUAUGCGCCCAGCAUCAGAAAAGUUUGAUGCCUACUGUUACAUUGAAAGACUGAAAGGCGAGGUCUUCUUUGCAACUCAGACAGCACAAUUCACCUUCCUGGAAGCCCAGAGACACUGUGAGAGUCAAAAUGCAACCAUGGCUUCCACUGGACAACUCUACGCUGCCUGGAAGCUGGGCCAAGAUAUCUGCCAGGCCGGCUGGUUGGCUGAUGGCAGCCUCCGAUAUCCCAUCGUUAAUCCCCGCCCUACCUGCGGUGGAGACAAGCCUGGUGUGAGAACGAUUUACUUGUACCCCAAUCAGACAGGAUUCCCUGACCCCCAAUCCAGGCAUCAUGUCUUUUGCUUCAAAGCAACGCCAUCUUUGUAUGGGGAAAUAGAAGAAGACUUCAUUACAGUUCAGAUGAUCCCCGGUGUAGAAGAAGUUCCUUCUGGGGAAGAAACAACUGUGGAAAUGGAGUUUGCCACUGAUUCUGAUAAUCAAACUGAGUGGGGAACAGAAGUAUUUCCAACUGACACAUCACUGUUAUCUGGGAGUCCACCAGCUGUGGGUCCAUCAACUGUUCUUCCCACUGAUACAAUACCUGAGGGAACAAGUGCAGAAGCUCCAAUCACAGAAAUAUCUGCUUCUGGCUGGACUUCUGGAGCUCCAGAGAUAACUGGAACAGUCGAGCCUAGUGAAAAACCUUCAGGAUUUGAAGAAUUUCCCUCUGGAGUCCCUGAAACGAGUGGGCUGCCUUCUGCAGAGAGUGGGCUACCUUCAGGAGACAUAAGUGGCUUGUCUUCUGGCGUUAUUGAAGUCAGCACCUUACCUUCUGGAGAAGAAGAAGAACUAUCAGGGAUUAGCUCAGGAACCCAAGAAGAAAUACCUGGGCAACAGGAAGGCAAAAGGGCCCCAGAAUUUAGUGGGUUGCCUUCUGGAUUUAGUGGAGACCAUUCUGGUCCUGACCUCAGUGGAUCACCGUCUGGAGAGUAUGAUUAUAGUGGUCUCACAUCUGGAUUUCCUACCGUGUCUCUGGUGAAUGCCACUUUGACGGAAGUUGUGACCACAGCAACAGAAAGGGAAAUGGAAGGGAAAGGGACAGUUGGAGUCAGUGGAGAUGGAGAUGUAUCAGGCUUCCCCUCUGCCGAUUGGGAUGUGAGUGGCACAACCAGUGGAUUGCCCUCUGGAGUUGAUGCCUAUGGAACCAGUGACAUCAGUGGGUUUUCUUCAGGAAUUGAUAGCAGUGGAGAACUAUCUAGCACACCUGAUACCAGUGAAUUACCAUCAGGACUUGAUGUUAGUGGACAGUCAUCUGGCCUAUUAGACAUCAGUGGAUUGUCCUCAGGAAUGGACAUCAGUGGAACAUCUGUUGGGCCACCUGAUCUAAGUGGCUAUGUGGACUUAAGUGGCCAACCUUCAGGUACUGAUGGGAGUGGUGAACCUUCAGGGGUUACCUUCAUUGAUGUUAAAUUGUUUGAAGUGACAACUCCUUCAUAUAAAGAAGAAGAAGGGAAAGGAUCUGUAGAAAUAAGUGGAUUACCUUCAGGAGAUGAAGAUCUAUCAGGCACAACACCAGGAAUUUUAGAUGUGAGUGGCCAGCCUUCUUCUGGACAAGUAGACUUCAGUGGAUGGGCUUCAGGAGUUACUGAAGUCAGUGGACUUCCAAGUGGACAAACAGACAUUAGUGGAGAAAGCUCUGGUGUUGAUCUUGUCAGUGGCAUUUCAUCCGGAACAUAUGAUUAUAGUGGUCUCACAUCAGGGUUUCCUACAGUUUCCCUUGUGGAUACAACUUUGGUGGAAGUAAUAACACAGCCAUCUGUUGCGCAAGAAUUAGGAGAAGGGACAUCUGGGAUAUUAGAAAUAAGUGGGCUUCCUUCAGGACAGGAACAAACAUCAGGAGCAUCUUAUGAUGUGACAACAUCUAGUGGAGUAUCAUCUGAGAAGGUUGACUUCAGCGGGACCUCCUCAGGCAUUCCAUAUUUUGGAAGAGAAACUGAUGAUGUAAGUGGUGCAUCUUCAACCACAGCCAGUGCUAGUGGUGAUGUCUCUGGAAUCUCAGAAAUUGUCUUAGUAACUGAUUCCAUAGAAACAGUGACAACCCCAACAGUUUCACAGCAACUGAUUGGAGGAACAGAGGCAACAUAUUUCUAUUUUCCUGAACCCAGUGGAGAAGCCUCCACAUCUGAUGCAGAAAUUUCUACAUAUCCUGAAAGUACCAUAUCUUCCCCAGAAUAUCCUGAAAUCAGUAGUAAGGCAUCCACAUUUCAUGAAACUAGUGUAGGAACACCUUUUAUUAAUGAAACAAGUGAUGAAACAUCAGUCUCAACAAGAAGCCACCUAGAAACUUCAACCCAUUAUGAACCAGGUGGAGAAACAUCUUCAUCAUCUGAAAGCUACUCAGAAACAUCUAGGGUACCAUUCACCAGUGGCUUUCCCUCUGGGACUUUUGAUGAAAGGAGUCAGUUUAAUGGAGACAGUUCCGGUCCAGCACCUCGGACAGUGUCAGAUGCACCAGAGAAAGUCUUUUCGCCAGAUGUCCUACUUAGUACCAGCAGUCCAGAUGUUGAAUUAACUGAACACUCGAGGCAUCCAGCAGAGACUCAGGCUGAAACAGAGGCCAGUGCAUAUCCAACACCAGAGUUGGAAACAGGAGAUGUUGCUGCUCCAGGGAGUCCACUACCAUCACCAACAGCUACCGAUCUCCUCCCAUCAGAGAGGACUGAUGGGAUACAGCUUAUUACACAAGACAUUGAUGAGUGCCACUCCAGUCCCUGUCUGAAUGGAGCUACUUGUGUCGAUGGCAGCCACGCUUUCACAUGCUUAUGCCUUCCCAGCUACGGAGGGAACCGUUGCGACGUUGAUCUGGCAGAAUGUGAAACAGGCUGGACCAAAUUUCAAGGUAACUGCUACAAGCAUUUUGAAGAGAAACUCACCUGGAUGGAGGCAGAGAAACUGUGCCGAAAACAGCAAUCCCACCUGAGCAGUAUCAUCACACCUGAAGAGCAAGAAUUUGUGAACAGCAAUGCACAGAACUACCAGUGGAUUGGACUAAGUGACCGAGCAGUGGAAGAUGACUUUCGCUGGUCUGAUGGACAUUCUCUUCAAUAUGAGAACUGGCGACCUAACCAGCCCGAUAACUUUUUUGACAAAGACGAAGACUGUGUAGUAAUGAUCUGGCAUGAGAAGGGGGAAUGGAAUGAUGUCCCUUGCAAUUACCACCUGCCCUUCACUUGCAAAAAAGGAACAGUUUCCUGUGGAGACCCUCCCGCGGUUGAGAAUGCCAGGCACUUUGGCAAAAAGAAAGACCGCUAUGAGAUCAACGCUUUGGUGCGCUACCAGUGCAAUCAGGGUUACAUACAGCGGCACGUGCCCAUCGUCCGAUGCCAAUCAAAUGGCCAAUGGGAAGAGCCUCGGAUAGCCUGUAUAGACU